GGCUGGGCUGCGGCCGCGCGUGCAGCGCGGGCUGACGGAGCGCGAGCCCCUGCGGGGUGUGCGAGCCCGAGAGCACCGAGCCCGACCCCGGGGAGUGAGCCUGCGGGGAGCGAGGACACCUGCGAGGACCCCUCCUACAUGUGGAGCAGGCACACAUGAUGGCUGAUCCUCGGGGCCCUGUAGACCAUGGAGUCCAAAUUCGCUUUAUCACAGAGCCAGAGGGUGCUGCCGAGAUGGGCACCCUUCGUCGCGGUGGGAGACGCCCUGCUAAGGACGCACGAGCCAGUACCUAUGGGGUUGCUGUGCGUGUGCAGGGCAUUGCUGGACAGCCCUUUGUGGUGCUUAACAGUGGAGAGAAAGGGAGUGACUCCUUUGGGGUACAAAUCAAGGGGACCAACAACCGGGGAUCCCCAGGAGCACUGAGCUCUGACUCAGAGCCCCCUGAGAACCCCUACUCUCAAGUCCAGGGGUUUCCUGCCCCUUCUCAGGGCAGCACAUCUGAUGAGGAGCCCAGGGACCACUGGAAUGGAAGACUGCCCCGUUCCCAGUCCCAAGCCUCUCUGAUAGGGCUUGCUUCUGUGGGUCCCAGCAACAGGAGCGCCAGCUUGUUGGAGCUAGCCCCUCAAAAGACUCCCCCGGUUGACACCAUAGACACUGCUCCGUUGUCUUCCGUGGACUCACUCAUCAACAAGUUUGAUAGCCAAACCGGGGGCCAGGUCCGAGGCCGGACUGGCCGCCGCACGCGGACACUUCCCCAUGAGCAGCGCAAGCGGAGCCAGAGUCUGGACAGCCGGCUCUCACGGGAGAACCGCGAGGAUCGGGAACGCCAGCCCCCCAACCACUGGACCCCUGGUACGAAGUAUGACGACCACGUGGACAGUUCAAAGCAGCCGACUCAGAGCCAGAGCUCUCUCAGCAGCUUUAGCCGUUCCCGGCAGACUCAAGACUGGGUCCUUCAGAGUUUUGAGGAACCACGGGAGAAAGCACACGAUCCCACCAUGGUGCAGUUCAAAUCAACUCCAGACCUUCUCCGAGACCAGCGGGAGGCAGCUCCACCAGGCAGUGUGGACCAUAUGAAGGCUACCAUCUAUGGCAUCCUAAGGGAAGGAAGCCCAGAAAGUGAAGCCUCUGUGAAGAGGAAAGUUAGUUUGGUGUUGGAGCAGAUGCAGCCUCUGGGGAUGGUUUCUCCUGCUUCUACUAAGGCCCUGGCAGGGCAGGGUGAGCUUACCCGAAAAGUGGAGGAGCUCCAGAAGAAGCUGGAUGAAGAGGUGAAGAAGCGGCAGAAGCUAGAGCCAUCCAGGGUUGGGCUAGAGAGGCAGCUGGAGGAGAAGGCCGAAGAGUGCAGCCGACUGCAGGAGCUGCUGGAGAGGAGAAAGGGGGAUGCCCAGCAGAGCGCCAAGGAGCUUCAGAACAUGAAGCUUCUCCUGGGCCAGGAAGAAGGAUUACGGCAUGGGCUGGAGACCCAGGUGAAGGAGCUACAGAUCAAGCUGAAACAGGGCCAGAGUCCUGAGCCUGCAAAGGAGAUUCUCCUAAAGGACUUGUUAGAGACCCGGGAACUUCUGGAAGAGGUCUUGGAGGGAAAACAGCGAGUGGAGGAGCAGCUGAGGCUGAGGGAACGGGAGCUGACAGCCCUGAAGGGGGCCCUGAAAGAGGAGGUGGCCUCCCAUGACCAGGAAGUGGAGCAUGUCCGGCUGCAAUACCAGAGAGACACGGAGCAGCUUCGCCGGAGCAUGCAAGAUGUGACCCAGGACCAUGCUGCAGUGGAAGCUGAGAGGCAGAAGAUGUCUUCCCUGGUCCGGGAGCUGCAAAGGGAGCUAGAGGAGACCUCAGAGGAGACAGGGCAUUGGCAGAACAUGUUCCAGAAAAACAAGGAGGAGCUGAGAGCCACCAAGCAGGAACUUCUGCAGCUGCGGAUGGAGAAGGAGGAGAUGGAAGAGGAACUUGGGGAGAAGAUGGAGGUCUUACAGAGGGACUUAGAGCAGGCCCGAGCCGGUGCAAGAGAUACUCACCAGGUUGAGGAGCUCAAAAAGGAGCUGCGACGCACCCAGGGGGAGCUGAGAGAGCUUCAGGCAGAGCGGCAGAGCCGGGAGGUGGCUGGGCGACAGAGGGACCAGGAGCUAGAGAAGCAGCUGGCGGUGCUGAGGGCUGAGGCUGAUCGAGGCCGAGACCUGGAACAGCAGAACCUCCAGCUACAAAAGACUCUGCAGCAGCUGCGGCAGGACUGUGAAGAGGCUUCCAAGGCUAAGCUGGCAUCAGAGGCAGAGGCCAUGGUGCUGGGGCAGCGUCGGGCAACAGUGGAAACCACGCUUCGGGAAACCCAGGAGGAGAACGACGAAUUCCGAAGGCGCAUCCUGGGUCUGGAGCAGCAGUUGAAGGAGGCCCGCGGCCUGGCGGAGGGUGGGGAAGCGGUGGAGGCUCGGCUUCGGGACAAAGUGCAUCGGCUGGAGGUAGAGAAACAGCAGCUAGAGGAAGCUCUGAACGCCGCCCAGGAGGAGGAGGGCAGCCUGGCGGCUGCCAAGCGGGCUCUGGAGGUCCGGCUGGAUGAGGCCCAGCGGGGGCUGGCCCGCCUCGGGCAGGAGCAGCAGGCGCUGAGCCGGGCCCUGGAGGAGGAGGGCAGGCAGCGGGAAGCUCUGCGGAGGAGCAGGGCCGAGCUGGAGGAGCAGAAGCGGCUGCUGAACAAGACUGUGGACCGGCUCAACAAAGAGCUGGAGCAGAUUGGGGAUGACUCCAAGCUAGCUCUGCAGCAGCUCCAGUCCCAGAUGGAAGACUACAAGGAAAAGGCCCGAAGGGAAGUAGCGGAUGCCCAGCGGCAGGCCAAGGACUGGGCCAGUGAGGCCGAAAAGAAUUCAGGAGGGCUGAGCCGGCUUCAGGAUGAGCUGCAAAGGCUGCGGCAGGCCCUGCAGACAUCCCAGGCUGAGCGGGACACGGCCCGGCUGGACAAAGAGCUGCUGGCCCAGCGACUGCAGGGGCUGGAACAGGAGGCCGAGAACAAGAAGCGCACCCAGGAUGACAAGGCGCGACUGCUGAAGAGCCUCGAGGAGAAAGUCUCACGGCUGGAAGCAGAGUUAGAUGAAGAAAAGAACACGGUGGAACUGUUAACAGAUCGUGUGAACCGUGGCCGGGACCAGAUGGAUCAGCUGAGGACAGAGCUGAUGCAGGAGAGGUCUGCUCGGCAGGACUUGGAGUGUGACAAAAUCUCCUUGGAGAGACAGAACAAGGACUUGAAGACCCGGUUGGCCAACUCAGAAGGCUUCCAGAAACCCAGUGCCAGCUUCUCUCAGCUUGAGUCCCAGAAUCAACUGUUACAAGAGCGGCUGCAAGCUGAAGAGAGAGAGAAGACAGUUCUACAGUCCACCAAUCGAAAACUAGAACGGAGAGUUAAAGAGCUCUCUAUCCAGAUUGAUGAUGAGCGGCAGCAUGUCAAUGACCAGAAAGACCAGCUAAGCCUGAGGGUGAAGGCUUUGAAGCGGCAGGUGGAUGAAGCAGAAGAGGAAAUCGAGCGGCUGGACAGCCUGAGGAAGAAGGCACAGCGGGAGCUGGAGGAGCAGCAUGAGGUCAAUGAACAGCUCCAGGCUCGGAUCAAAUCCUUGGAAAAGGAUGCUUGGCGCAAAGCUUCCCGCUCAGCUGCCGAGGCAGCCCUCAAGCAAGAGGGGCUGAGCUCUGACGAGGAAUUUGACAGUGUCUACGACCCCUCAUCCAUUGCAUCUCUGCUUACGGAGAGCAACCUGCAGACCAGCUCCUGUUAGUUAGCGCACGCUCUGCCGAGGACCACAGACAGGCUUGAAGUCUGUCUCCGCCAGCCCUGCUCUGCUUUGCUCUGUCCUGCCUGCCUGAGACUCAGUCUUUUUUUCCCGUGGGUGACCGCAUUCAGACUUAAGACUAGGAGGGGUCAGAGUGACGGUGAGAAACACAUUAGCAAUGAGCUGGUGGGUGGGCUUGUCCUUGUCACUGCAAGAGUGGGUAGGCCUGCUGAGCCCUCCCUAUGGGUGCUGACCCCUCCAUCAUCUCCCUUACAGUGGGACGAAUGGUCAACCUAUACCUGAGUGGGACUGCAAAGGACAGGAAGGGGUGGAUAUUGCCAUGUAUAUAAAGCUUUAUUUCUUUAAUAUUUAACCAUAUGUCUCAGGGAAAUACCCAAUGUUCUGCUCCCUGGAUCCCUUUUUUCCUCCCACUCUGGAGCAAGGGAGGGAACAUGAUGGGUAUGGACAUGCAGGCGUGGCUCUACCCACUUUUCCGAUUCUUCUUUUUGCACAGUCAUGGGCCCAUGAGUAGUCCCUAGCAUCUCUUCAGUUGCAAUAUUUUUGUUUUCUCCCAGUCACGGGGUCCAGGGGGCCUCCUGCCUUUCCAUCUGGACCAUCCCUGUCUGCUGCUCUACUCUCAGUGCCUUAGCAGUGUGAGAUGAGGAUGCUGUUCUUGCCUUUCAUAAACCUGCACAUUCAUACCUCUCCAAAGACCAGCCUGUCCUCAUGGGGGCCCUCAGCCUGUCCUCCUUCCCCAGUGACUGGGCAGGAGACUACAGGCUACUCUGCCAACCAGCCCCUGGGAGAAGAGCUUCGACAGGCCUUGGUAAGGUGGUGGACUGGUUCUGCUCAGGGUUUCCGUCUUCCUUCUCGCUCUCUCUGACUGGAUGCUGCCAUGAGGUGGUUAUACCUGGGAACCAUGAGGACGGUUUAUUCAGGUUCUAAGAGCAAACAUCUAGUCCCUGUGGCCUCCUUGUGGCUUCUCGAUAUGCCCAGCCUCGAUGGGAACCAACAGAUCCCUGCUUUCUCAGGAAGUGGGCCCUGAUUCAGAGCUUUGCCUGGGUUUAGAAGCUGACUCUCAGUAGAGACGGGAAGGGGCAAUGGAGAAUGUAAUCCUCCUUUGAGUUUUGGGGCGUGCCAAGCUCUGGUGGGUGAAGGUAAUAGGGAUGGUUCACCUCUUAUUUCCAAAGUAAGUUCUGUUCUCAUCAAUCACUUGUAAUUUCAUGAAUUAAAAAUAAAGAUAUUCUGCAAAUCAGUUAUUUUUUCCUAAUCCAAUCCAGCUUUGGUUUAUUUUAAAUUAAAUAUUAAAAUGGCAUAUCUAUAUUGAAA